AUGGUAACUGCAAAGUGGGCAAGCAGAGUUCUGUUAGAAGACAUUAGAGCUAAUAAUGAUAUAUCUGGUAAGGCUUUGAAUGUUUUGUUAUGGAAUAGAUACAAUGUGCAAAUGGCUACUAGUACUUUGUAUCGCGUCAGAGCAAGGGCUUUAAUAGAGAUACAUGGUGGCUUUGAUGAAUCUUAUGCAUUUUUGCCUGGUUAUUGUGAGAUGAUUAGGAGAAUUAACCCUGGUUCAGAUGCUACUUGUGUAUGGAAUCCAACAACUCAUGUUGACAGGCCAUUGGAUUUUGUCACAAUCUUCAUUUCUUUUAAGCCUUGUUUGGAUGGGCUAAGGGAUGGAGUUAGGGGUUUUGUGGGAGUUUAUGGAACUCACUUGAAAGGGAAUUGUGUGGGGGGGGGGGGGGGGGUUCUACUGUCUGCUAUUGCAUUAGAUGGGAACAAUGAGUUGUUUCCAUUUGCAUGGGGAAUUGUGUCUACUGAAGAUUCAGAUACAUGGAGCUUUUUUGUUCAUCAUUUGAGAGAUCUACUAAGAGCAACUGGAAGAGGAGAUAAUUGGUGCAUCAUCUCAGAUAGGAAAAAGGGUAUUGAAGCUACACUUGACAAGGUCUGGCUAGAUGUUGAUAGGAGAUACUGCACCAAACAUUUGGCUGCCAUGGAAGAAAGCACUUCCAGGUCCAUUAAUGCUCUCUCUGUUUUGGAAAGCAUGUGGUGCCUAUUCAGAAUUUACCUUUAA